CAGGAACCUGGGUUGCAUUGUUUGGUGACCUGUGACAUUUUCUCAUUGCCUGGGAGGGGAUUGAAAGUUUUUCCGUUCUUUGUUGGAAGGGUCUUUUCUUUCCUAGUGUCUCAGAGAAGCUACAAAAACAUUUGUAUUAGACUUAAAGUACAAGGGCUUUGAUACCAAACAAACAAGGACCUAAAGACUACUUUAAAUGAUGCUGACAGUAAAGGUUUUAUGUAGCUGCCUUCUGAUGCAACUAGCCUGUAUGGAAACAAACACAAGAGUCCAUGGAAUCUUAGACCAUGACAGGAAUACACAGUUUUAUGAUGCCAGUGGCAAUGCAAUACACCGACAUUCUCGAAUAGCCCUGGAGGCACAAACAGAACAUGGAAUCGAAGAUAGCCAAAGAGAAGGCAGUCACUUCAGCACUGGAACUUCUGACAUGCAUGUGCUGCAAAGUUCGAACAGGAAACCUGGUGUACUUUACAAUGCUGGAAGACGUGGGAACUGGUGCCAAUCAUCUUAUAUCAAAGUGAUCACAUACACAUCAUCAUGUGGAACAGAAAAAUAUAUCAUUAAGUCACAGCAGCCAUGUCCUAAUGGCACUCCAGAUUGUGAAGUUGUCAUGUACAAAAUUGCCAGCAAGCCUGUCUACAAGGUUCAUCAGAAAGAAGAGACAGUCUACUUACCAUGGGAGUGCUGUCCUGGUUACACUGGAUCAAACUGCGAACACAAAGUUGCAGACACAAGUCACAAUCCGAGGCAAAUGGAAGCAGUUGGUCAAACAACUUCUACCUAUGAAAAUCCACACAAAGUUACUGAAAAAGUGAAGGAGCACAAAGCUCGGCUUCAGGGUCUCCAAAAUGAUAUCCAUCUGGCAACAAGCAAUCUUCAAGAUCUGCAAAGGCCCCUAGACUUCAACAUUACCUCAGUACUCGGCAUGAACCAAAGCAGCACAGAAUUCAAAGACAAACUUCUUCAGCAAAUAGUUCUACCUUAUCUGGAGAUUUUUUUAAGAGAUCAUGUUAACCCAAUGUGGGAGAGCUUCAAUAAAAGCCUGCAAAAUCUGUCUAAUAUGGUGAAAAACCUAUCACAAGACAUUGAAGAAAACAAAAAGAACAUAGGCAUGCUUUAUAAACAAUCUGUUCCCAAAGAAGAGCUACAGGAGUUUGGGACAAAGUUUGAAUCAAAACUUCAAGAAAACAUAUUAAGACUGGAUAAUGUCCAAAGAGAAAUGGGGAAGCAACUUCAUAAUCAGCAAGCUGGUAUUCAAUACAAUCUAACAAUGAUCAAGGCAGAAACCGAUCUAAAACUUAAACGCAACAAUAAAAUGAUUAAUUUCAGUCUUUUAAAUGACAGUAUCACUGAAAUACUUAGUGAACAGAAUAAGCUUAGAACAGAGAUUCAAGCUGUGAACAAUAGCGUGAUGGUGAUUUCAAAAUGGAAUCUGUGUUCCUUGUGCGCAUCUUGUGAUGACCAAGUGAAGAUGCAGAUUUCUGUAGAUAAGCUUAAUCAGACUGUCAAUUCACAUUCUGCACAGAUUAAUGAACUUUGCGAGAAUGGAUCUGUUGAAAAGCUUAAUGAAAAAUUCAGAGACUUAAACAAUACUUUUGACAAUAUAGCUAAAGAACUUAGAGUAUCUCUAGUGGAGAUGAUGCUUACUGUUGAAAAUGACAAAGACAAUAUUCAAAAACAAAUUUUAGACUUAAAUUCCACCUUUUUAAACCAGGUAGAAAACCAUGAAGACAUUUUAAGUGAAGUAGUAACCAUAAACAAUACACUGAAUACAUUAGUCCAGCAAUUUGACAAUAGCUAUGAGAAAGUAGAUACAUGUACUUUAGAAUGCCAGACACUAAGCAUAAGUAUUUCUGGUCUGGAGGAAGAGCAAAGAAACCUCAAUAGUAGCAUUGAUGAACUGUGGGCUCAUGUGGAGGAGCUGAAGCAAAGAGAAGAUGACCCAAGGAAUAGGUUAGAAAAUUUAAGUGAAGAUUUAUCAGUGGCCUUUCAACAAGUCCAACAGUCUGUAUCAUCACAGCAACAUCAGAGCCGAAACAUAAUAUAUAAUGUAUCAUUGCUUCAGUCUCAAUCUUCAUACUAUAUGCAGGAGCUUAUACACCAGAAGGAGGUGGAAGCUAUUAUCAAGAGCCACAUAAAGGACCUUAACAGCUCAUUUACAUCUCUUCUAGAUGAUGCUGUCCGGCACUCCAUUGUUCUGGAGGCUCUUCUUGGGGAAGAUAUCUUAGAUGUAUUUUCUGAAGAUAAUCCUAAGGCACUGCAGAUGUCUCUUACCAAAUUGUAUGAGGUUCUUAAUGAAGCACUGAAAAAUAUCAGCAGGCAAAGUAUAACUUUAGACCUUCUUCAUAAGAAACUACUGUCACUCGAGACAGAAAAGGUCAGCAGAAAUGAAAGUACUGAAUAUGCAGGCCAUUUUGAAUUAGAAGAAAGGCACUCUGAAAAAGACACAGAAGUGCAACAUAUAGAACCAAACUUUGAGACAACUAGUAACAGACAUUCAGAAGACAAUGACAUUGCAUCAAUGAAACAACAUAUAGAACUAUUAAGCAUAAAAAUCCAGAACCUUCAAAACAAGUGUUCUACUCAAGCUUCCAUGUUUAAUACAAGUUUUGUUGACCAUGUUACACUGCUCAGUGAAUUGAUUAAUACAUUAAGAUUAAAUAUGUCAUCACUAAAGGAAAUGUUCGAUGAGCACAUCUCACUUUUUCAGAACCUCUUUGGAAACACAGAUGAAUUUGUGUCUGCCAACAUGAGCCUAAAUAUUACAGCAAUUCAUUCCAUAAUGGCAAAACAAAUAAAAAGACAGCAGAAAAAAGAAGAGGAGCACAAUCUCCAGAAAAAUGGGAUGUGGAAUUCUGACACUCAAGCUCCUAAAAACAUAUUUAGUGGAAACAGUAGAAACAAUUACCACCUUUUCAGAAAUGCUUCUCCUGUGGCAUUCUAUGUAGGACUCUCUGAAAGAACAGACACCAAGAAAAUGGUGAGGUUUGAUCGUCUGCUUCUAAACUAUGGGAAUAAAUACUCUCCGGAGGAAGGCUACUUCAAAGCUCCAUACAGGGGCGUGUAUAUGUUUGCUUUAAGUUUAAGUUCUAAUAAUGGUUCCAUCCUGGGUCAACUCAUCACAGACGGCAAGCAAAUCCUAUUACUUCAAAGUACCACCAAAAAGAAGAGGAAUACCAUUCCUGUGACCAACUUUGCUCUACUGGAACUGAAAAAAGGACAAGCAGUUUGGGUCGAACUGUCCCAAGCCUCUGUUACAAAAACAAGUCUACCACAGGUCACAUUUGGAGGAUUUUUGUUGUUUAGGACAUGAAAUUCAAACAAACUGAAUAUUUUGAAGCCUUUUAAACACUAAUAGACAUGUGUCCUACAACUAAGAACACAAGGACUCAUCACUGUAAUAUACUGUAACUUAAUUUCAAUAGAGUGAUUAAGUUUUAAUUAUCUGUAAGUUUCAUAAUCAUUUGAUCAGUUGAUCAGCAAAACAGAUUUGGAGCCGUGUGUAGUAGGAAAAGAAAAUUGUUCAGUAGAAUCAAAAAACAAUAUAUUGCUACCAGGCUCCUGAACAAAGAAUAUGCAAACCAUAACUUAUAAGUAGUCAUGUGUGUGAUUCUUCUUGAAUGAUACAACUUUAUCAGAUCCUACUUUACAAGGUCAAUAACUUGAUAUUCUAAAAUCCCAGACUGCAAGUCUAUCAACUUUCCUAAGAUAUAUCAGUUCAUUCUGGAUAUUGUUCAUUCACUCCUGUCAAUGGCAUUUCUAAUCUCCUCCAAAUUACAGUUCACAAAAUGGACAAGAACUUUAACUGACAGUAUGAUUCUGAGAGAAUAAAGUCUUUAUUCUGCCUGGUGCAGAUCUUUUUUUUAAUUAUUGUAUUUGUAUGCUUUUGUUUCAAUUUUCUCAGUAGUCAGAGAUAAUACAAUGAACAAGAAAUCAAAGAUUUCAAGCUCAGCACAAUUGCAAGUGCCAUGCUGGACAUCUAUCGUCUCUGUGUCUGCACAGAAAAAUCCUAUAGCAGUCCCUUAACUAUUACCAUCCAACACUCACACUGUAUUUCAUAUGAGUAAGGUCAGGUAUGUAUUAUUAUAACUUAUUGUAUUACAUUGCAAGAUUCUAAGAGAAAUACUUAGGAUAUUAUUUUUACAUAUAAUGUGGUUAUUUUUUAUUUCUUUAAUGAUAUAAUUUAUGUGGAUAGAAUAUAGAUAAACAGUGAUCAUGAAACAAAUGCACCAACAUGUAAUAGAUGUAUUUUAUUAAAAUGAAGGUAAAAAAGCA